AUGGCAGGUGUGACCAUGGAGGACGUGGAGUUCCGCGAGACGAACCUCGACCGAAUCGCCAAAUCAUGGUCCUUGGCUAUGGGCUACUCGCACGAGCGCAUACAGAAAGUACACGACUUGACAGACGAGGAAAUGCGCCAUGCCGCGAACGAGGGGCACGUUGUGCUCGAGACUGUCUGUCUCUUCAUACACUCCAGUAUAAAGAGAGGCCAGUUCAAGCUGCCAUGCGACUUUUGGAGUAUACUGCUUCACGAGUUUGGGAUAGUGGUGUACCCCAGUGCCAUGACGGAGGCGGUGGAUUUACACGGCGUCAACGUCGACAAGACCUUUACAGACUGCUACCAUGGACACAUUGUUAUGCUUGGACGACGACGGAGUAGUGGCCCACCGCCGUGUCCUUUCGAAUACCUGCGGCAGCCACCGCCCGUAUAUAAGAAGAAUACCUCCGACGAGGAGGGGUCAGAUACCGACGAGACAGACUCGGGGAUAGGCUGCGAGAAGUGCUGCGAAGGGUGUGCGCAGGAAUGA